ACUUCUUCUACUGAAGCUACUGCUAGCCCAAAGGAAAUAGCGAAACAAAUAACCAGUUUGCUAAGCGAUAAGGGGAUACCUCAGCGUCUUUUUGCCGAAAAGGUGCUGAAGAGAUCCCAAGGAUUAUUUUCCGAUUAUUUAUCGAAGGCCCCCGCAGAGAUACCUAAAACGCAUAGCCGGGCAAUUUGGGUCAAGCUUAAGGAAUUCUUGGAGAGGCAGGAACAGCAGCAGGAGUUAAUGGAGAUGAAGAGAAGUAAAAAUUGUUUAUUGUUAUUAUUGUCAUAUUAUAAUCAGAAAUAUAAUUUAGCUUAACGCCGCUUGGUCGGCUUGCCAUCAGGAGAAACAUGUUUUUGCUUUUACUAUUUCACAGUAAAGAGCAGUAAAAAGCUAGGUGAAUUUUCACAGGUAAUUUAAGGUCAUUUUAUUUAAAGGUCAUUUACUCAAUAAUUUAAUUUACCGUAUUCUGUUCCUAUUUUUUUUUUCCAGGAUUAAAAUCCAAAGAUGCAAAGGCCCCACGUGGAAAAAACACGUCAACCCGCGAAAGCGGUUUAGCGACGUCCAGAUUGCAACUUUAGAUAGUGAGUUUGUGACGAGUAAGGGAAAACCAAGCAAAGCUGUGAUGGAAACAACAGCAAAGGCCUUGAAGCUAGAUGGAAGACAGGUUAGUGAAAGCCGGUGAAAGCUGUACACUGUGUACACACUUUAAUGGCUUUAGAUUAGCCUGCGAGCAAGCUCUCCUAUUUGGGCGAGUGAAGCGAGUCUCGCGAGAACGGGCGAGCGAGCGGCGAAGCCGCGAGGGGCCCGCGUUCUCGCGAGGCUCACUUUGCUUACCCAAAUAGGAGAGCUUGCUCGCAGGCUAAUUGUAGAUUAUCUGGGAUUAUAGAUUACUAAAUCACCCUGAUUUAACCAGAUUUAAUAAACAGUACUGCUGAAUACCUGUGACUGACGUCGUUUUGGUCUGAACAAGGCUAGAUCUGGCGAGAUUAACUGUUUAUACACGGGUUCAUAUUUUCUGAUACUGAGCAAUCGUAAUUCGUUGUAUUUUUACUGUCAUACGUAGGUUGCGGACUGGUACAACAAUCAUAGGCGCAAGGAGAAGCAAGGGGCAUACAAACCCGGCGAAUUUAGCCAACCUAGUGGAGAGGGAGAAGAGUCGUAG